AUGUCUGCCAGCGGACACCUCUCCUACGAGGACCUGCUUGCGUUGGAGUUCGCGCAGGUUUGCACCCUGGCCGGGCUGGCCCCGGCGUCUAGCCCGCGGUCCAGUGUUUCCCCCUCGCCGGAGCCCCCCGGGGGGGGCCUCACCGGCCGCCGGCAACCGGAGCCCUCCCACCCGACGUCCUCCGCCGACUCGGCGUCCUCCGACUCGCUGACCGACCUGCCGCAUGCGAGGGGGGACGCCGGGGCCGGGCGGCGGCGCUCGGCCGACGCCAGUGACCAGCGGCCCUCGCUGUCGCGGAAGCGCGCACGUACCCCGCCCCCGGCGGUCGUCGGCCUGGGGCUUGAUCCGGCCGUCCGGUAUCUGGCCACGGCGUCGGUGUUCUUCCUCGCGCGCCUGUGCACGUCCCCCCUGCGGCAUCUGUCCCCGCCGCCGAGCCCCACCUCGGCCUCGUCUCUCGGCGCCCGGCGAUCCCCCUCCCCGACGCCUGCCGGGCCCGGCGGCGGCCCUGGCCACCAAGUCGACCCCCGGAGCCUGGUGGCCGAUCGCAUGGUCCGGGUGCUGACGGCCCUCGAAGCGGGCCGGGCCCAAUCCAUGUUCGCCACCUUCGCCGGCCAAACGGACCCGCUGCUGGUGACCAUUUCCCUGACCGAGUCCCGGGAAGAUCUGCGCAUCGAGGUGACCGGCACCGGCCCCGACCGGCCGGCCGCCCUGGCUCCCCUGCUGGUCACCCAGGCGGACUUUUGGCAGGUCGCCUCAGCUGCCAAUUCCGGUGGUAUCCGCCUGCGCGCGCUGGAGCUCUUUUUCCAAGACCACUUCGGCGACCUGCGCCCCGGGGCCGCUGGGCAAUGUAACAGCACCAACACCUCCCCCUCCGCAAGUCAACACCCCCACCAGUCGCCCCCGACCAUGUCCCCCCCUCCCUCGAACCACCAUCGCCCGAAGCAGCAGCAAACCCAGCCGGCCGACCAGCCUGCUGCCUCCACUGCCGCCGGCCAGCACCCGGAGCCGCGCGACCUGCAGCCCCCCACCCGGGCGGCCGCCGGCCCCAGCGCCCCCUCCGCCCCCCUGAACCCUCUGCGCGUGGA